AGUCUUGUCUGGUAGAGGAGCCAGAGUUAGCUGAGAGCUGGUGCCAGGAGCGGACACACACCCGAGCUAAUAAACCCGUGGAAUAUUCUCACUGAAAAGGCUUAUUCCACGAGUUUUCGGUCAUGGAGUUGUCCGAAAUACUGUACAAUAAGGCGGAAUACAUCGAAACGGCUUCUGGCAAUAAAGUGAGCAGACAGUCAGUGCUAUGUGGCAGUCAAAACAUCGUACUAAACGGCAAAGCAAUUGUCAUGAACGACUGCAUCAUCAGAGGCGAUCUGGCAAACGUCCGGGUGGGCAGACACUGUGUUGUGAAAAGCAGAAGCGUGAUCCGACCACCUUUUAAAAAAUUCAGCAAAGGGGUGGCCUUCUUUCCUCUGCACAUUGGGGACCAUGUAUUUAUUGAAGAAGACUGUGUGGUUAACGCGGCACAGAUCGGGUCAUAUGUUCACAUUGGGAAGAACUGUGUUAUAGGUCGUCGUUGCGUGCUCAAAGAUUGUUGCAAGAUUUUAGACAAUACGGUACUUCCACCAGAGACUGUGGUUCCCCCAUUCACCGUCUUCUCUGGUUGUCCUGGUUUGUUUUCAGGAGAGUUACCGGAGUGUACGCAGGACCUGAUGAUCGAUGUGACUAAGAGUUAUUACCAGAAGUUUCUGCCCCUCAGUCAGAUCUGAGUGUCACUUGUGCACAGCCUCCUCCAGAGCUCCACAGGAGGUACCCAAAAAUCAACCCAUGAACUCAUAAUAUGCCGAGAUGUCAGCCAAGAUACUUACUAUUGAAGGAUAUCGAUCUAAGAAUAAGUUGUAAUUUAGUAAUGGACCAAAAAUUAUAAAUAUCCUUGUUUUCUUAUUUAUUAUUAUCUUGCUUAUCUAACACUCCUUGCAGUGCCUCACAUUGAUAGUGCAUUAUCUUGUUAAAUGUGCUAGAAAUGUGAAAUAAAGGAAGCAGUCAUCAUCACCCCUGUAUAGCUUGAUUCACACAAUUUUUAAGUGUCAAUACAAUCACAAAUGAAAGCGGGCUGUCAUAUACUGUGGACUAGUCAUGACACACAAUAAUGCACAAACAGACCCUACCAAUGGCAACCAGAUUGUGUAAUAUAAAAGCAAGAAGUUAAUAUGGAAUUGUGUUACUGGGUUUUAAUAUGCACAUUCUGUUGAUAUGGCUCCAUCUUGUGGUUUGUUGCAGUUAUAACUUGAAGGCCUUGUAUCACACAAAAUGGUUUCUUGUGCGCUUUAACCCAUGUUAUACUGUUGUUACCUCAUCAAAAACAGACCUGGAGUUGUAUUUUGUUUCAUUCAGAAAUGUUUGAAUAAUUCUUUAUUAUUAGUCUGUCUACAUCUCCAAAGCUGAAAAUGCUCUGUUCCACAUUAGUUAGUCAGGGUAGUUUUAAAGUUAACAGCUGCCGUACUACUCCAUACAGACCUGGAAUUGCCACAGUGGAGCGCUUCCUAUAUUACCACAUGACAUCGCAAGGAGGAACAGUGUUUUCGAUUUGAGAGAACGCAGCCUAAAUAUGCAGGAUUUGCAUGUUAAACAUGAAUGCGUAAAUGAAACAAAACACAAUUCCAGGUAUGUUUGUGAUGAAGAAACAUAACAUAGAUAAGAAAACAGUGUAAUAUGGGCCCUCUAAAGUGUGUGACAGAUUUAUACAUUUAUCUCAUUCUUACCUGGUUUGGUGGGAUAGUACCUGAGAUAAAUAUUUAUCUUGAUUUUAGAUCAGUCAAGUAGCAAUUUGUGAAGAAAAGUAGAAAAUACAGGAAGUAGCUAUGAAUUACCUCUACCUAAUAUCAUUAGUUAUGUUGAAAAUGCAGAGACAAUUCACACACAAGUAAGGCAUUUUUCUGAGUGUAAACGAUGAUUUAACAAAAUAAAGGUGUUGUCAUUUAUUUGUUUGUCAAAUCAUAACUAUUGUGUAAUUUAGACAUUUACAUGUCAUAUCUGCUGCCCAUGUCCACCCAGAAAAAAACAAAAUUAGGCAAUAUUUUUAGUAAAAUGUGAAAUGUAAUCAUAUUAACUGUUUUAGAGAGUCAAAUGCCCUUUAAAGAUGUGAUAAGGGCCAAUGAGAAAAUAAACCACAAAACAUUUUAGAAUAAAAGCAAAAAAAAAAAAAAAAACUUCAGUCAAUAAGUCAGUGCUUGUCAAAUUGUUUGAUAAUUUAUUUUACAAUGUGAACCACAUUUGAACAGUUUCUUGUUAAUUUAUUAGAUUAACUAUUUACUAAUUCAACAUAUCGAAGAAAAGUCAUAGCCUUUUGAGAAUAAGGCCUGCAAAUGUCAAAACACAAGCUGAACUCAAACAUUCAGAGAAGGAGGAGAGCAUUACAGGUCAAAGUCAAACAGUGGUUUAAAGAGAUGGGUUUGUGAUUGUUUAACUAUUGUUAGCUUUAUAGUUCUGUGAAUUAAAUGCAAAAUUAAGAUACUAAUGUACAGAAACCAAAGUAAUCAAAUUAUUCGCAUUUGAGAAAGUGGAUAAGAGAAGAUGGGGACAGAUGGUUCAUUAUGAAGACCCCUGAACUGAGAGAACUGGAAAAUGAUUGUGUAGUCUAUUGGUAAUUAAUAAACUUAGUUUAUUAAUUUAAGUUUUUAAUUUAGCAUUCUCGAAAUGAUACAACUGCUAGAUUGAGAAGUAGAAUAUAUAAUUUUUACUUUAGGGCUGCAAUAACUCACAAGAUCAACAUGGAGUUAUGUUUUUUUUACUAUGACACACUGAUAUGUACUCAGAAUUGUUUUGCUGGAGAAAACAAAACAAAAAAGUUAUAAUCCGUAGUGUUCAGUUUUGAUUUAUAUGCAUUCAUACUCUACUAAAGAUAAGUAAACUUUCAAUUGUUAACUGCAGCCCUACACGUGUUUCCAAACACUGAACUAUUCAUAGUCCAAAUAAAAAAGGGGAUGGUUGUCUGACAAAUAUAUAAAUCAGCAACAUAAAUGAACUUGUAAUUAAAACUUAGUUAAGGACAAGUUGAACGUGAAGAACCAGGUUUCAUAAUAAAACAAAUACCACAAAUCUGGAAUUGUAAAUGUGACUGAUGAUAAAUUCAGUUUUUAAAGCUUUGAAAUAUUUCAAAAUUCAAUUUUAAACUCUACAAAUCACCUUGAAUCUUUCUUAAAGAAAUGGACCAUUUUGGUGUUUGUUACAGCACAGGUUGGCAAAUGAAAUCAAAAUCUGAAUCUAAAAAGGUUUUGGGUUACUUUAGUUCGACAUGGCUACAAGUGAGAAUGGAAGAGCUGAUUAAACUGCAUGACUAAAAAGGUGAAAACAAAGUGCAGAAAUUGUUAUUGCAACUCAUAAUCCCAGUCACUUAAUUCAGCAGCUUUGAGGGUAAGACGAAGGCAAAACAGGCCAUCAUAGUCUGUAAUUGUACUUAACUAAAAGCAUUAUUUCCUUUUGAUUAUCCUGAAUACAUUUUAAUAAAGAAUAAACAUGGCAAGCACUACUGCAAACAGUGGCAUCAAAGCUAAUUCAACACUGGCAGGUGCAAAAUACAAAGCUUGGCUCAACCAAAAGAGGUUAA